AUGGCUACUUGCAGUCUCAAGUCGCUGCGGCGACCAUCACUCACCCUCAUGUCUGGAGCGAGGAAGAAGUCUUUUCGUUUCAAUGGCCUUAUCUCAAAAGCUGCCAAUCGUGGUUUAGCUACCGUCACCGCUCAAACAACACAGCCGGCUAUGAUGAUGGAAGACCACAACACUAGACUGAUCAACAUGGGCUACAACUACAACUACAUCGAACAUGUCGAAAAUCUCGAACAGUACCGCCAUGGAGGCUUCCAUCCCGUAUCCCUCGGUGAAACCAUCAACAACCGCUACCUGGUCCUCAACAAGCUUGGCCACGGUGGAUACUCAACUGUAUGGCUCUCAUGGGACAUCUUGAAACAAAAGUAUGCCGCAUUGAAAAUUGUACUAGCAGAUUUCGGUGAAGACUCAACAGAAGUCGAUGUCCUUCAGCGUCUUGAAGCCAAAGCUGGGAAGAAACAUCCUGGAAGGUCUCUCAUUAGACAUGUCACCGAUAACUUUCACUUCGAUGGUCCCAAUGGAAGACACACCUGUCUGGUUAACGAUCCAGCGAUGAUGUCGCUACGUCUGGCAAAGGACGCCUCUUUCACAAGACUCUUUCAACCACGGACUGCCCGAGCUAUCGCCGCUCAGGUUGUGCAGUCUAUCGCGUACCUCCAUGAGGGCGGUGUAGUACACGGCGACCUCCACCUCGACAACAUCUUACUCCAGCUUCCGGACCGAAUCAAGCGAUUAUCGCCUGAUCAACUUCACGAGCGACAUAGUCAUCCAACGACAGUCCCUGUGACAAGACUUGACGGCCUGCCUCUUGACGAAAAUGCACCCCGAAACGCUGUGCUGCCAAUCUGGCUUGGUCAAAAGAGCGAGGAUGUAGCUCUGGCAGAUGCAAAGAUCUUACUGGGCGAUUUCGGCGAAUCCUAUUUACCAAGUCAAGAAAAACGCCAAUAUUCCAACGCUCCGAUUCGCUACCGGGCACCCGAAACUCAAUUCCCCGAUGUGUGUCAACCUCUCUCGUUUAGCUCCGAUAUUUGGAGCCUUGGCUGUCUCCUCUGGAACGUCGUCGGACAACGCCCGCUAUUCGACGCCUGGACCCUCUCAGAGGAUGACAUUCUUCAGGACCAAAUUGAUCUUCUUGGUGAAAUCCCAGAAGAGUGGUCUGCCUACGGCGCUAAGCGAUCAGAGUACUGGGUCGAGGACGUCGAAGAAGAGGCGUCGACCCAAGCCACUACGCGGGGCGGUUUCACAUGGAAUGACCGCUUUGAGCGCUGUGUGCAACAAGGACGAAAGGAGAGCGGCAUGAAGCCCAUGUUGAAGGAUGAGAAGGAGGCUUUUACUGAUAUGAUGAAGAAGAUCAUUACUUUCCGCCCCGAAGAUAGGAUAACAGCUAAAGACCUGCUGGAGUCACGAUGGAUGAAACAGUGGGCGUUGCCGGAGCUGAAGAAGCUUGCGGCUUCAUGA